UGCAGUCUGGUUCGUAAUCGUCAUCAAAAUUUCUGCAAAGAAAGCCCUAAUCUGCGACGGAGGAGAUAGAGACUGCCGAGCAUAGCCGUUCUUCUUCAUCUAUUCUCUUUUUCGGCUAAAGACUCUGGAGGAAAAUAAGAGAAAGAAAAUGGCACGUAUUAGACGCAGAGAAACGGAGAUAAAGAGAACGAGAAAGAAGAAGAACAAGUCAAAACUAAAAGUUAAGGUUGAGGAUGAUUUUUCUGCCAACGAGUAUCCUGACUUUGAACAAGUAUCCAAGUUCUUGAAAAAUGCUCAUGAGGACAUACUGUUCGAGGUAUUUCUUAGACUCCCCAAUUGUCGAUCUGCCAUUCUAUUUGGUUCUAUCUGUCGUCGUUGGCAUUCUGUGAUUUCACACCCUAAAUUUAUUCCGAAUUUCAUUCGCCACCAUCAUGACGAGCAAGAUCGCUACUCAGUACCCUACACCAUCUUAUUUCGAAGAGCCGAUGACCUUUUUUUCGACAUGCAAUGUGUUCAACCAUUUUGUAAGCUAUUCUCUGAGGAAUCAAAGUUUCUCCAUGGAAAGGGAGCAUCUAGUUAUUUGGACUUCAUGCCUUCAUCUGUGGUUAUAAGGGCCUCGUUUGCUGACUUAUUGCUUGUAGCAUCUAGUGGCCGUCCUGGCAGAGAUUACUAUAUUUGUAAUCCACUUACAAAACAGUGGUUUAAGCUUCCUGAGGCUCCUAGAGGCUUUCAAACUGGGUUUGCAUUAGUAUGUAUCCCCAACAUUAGCAACUCACAACUUUGAUUCUCUAUCAACGGUCA